CUAUUGUUGUGAUGCUUAAAAGAUUUAAACUUAUUAGACGUGCUUUAGAAGCAAUGGUUAUGAGUGAUCAAUGGGCACAAUACCGAGAAGAUGACCAAGGUAAAGCUAGAUUUGUUCGUGAUAAAGUGGUAGAUGAGGAUUGGUGGGAAAAGGUUGAUUACAUCAUUGCUUUUACUGGGCCCAUUUAUGACAUGAUCAGAGUUUGUGACACAGACAAACCAUGCCUUCAUUUGGUUUAUGAGUUGUGGGAUUCUAUGAUUGAAAAGGUGAAGCAAGUUAUUUUUGAUCAUGAAGGAAAGCAAGCAGAUGGGUUUUCUCCUUUUUAUUAUGUGGUUCAUCGAAUUCUUGUUGAUCGUUGGGCAAAGAACAACACUCCCCUUCAUUGUUUAGCCCAUUCAUUAAAUCCAAGAUUUUAUAGUGAAAAAUGGCUUCAAGAGGGAGAAGGUAGAGUGCCUCCUCAUAUGGAUGGAGAAGUAUCAACUGAGAGAAUUAAAUGCUUCAGGAGGAUUUUUUCUAAUGAAGAUGAGCGAAUUAGAGCAAAUGAUGAAUUUGCAAAUUUUUCUUUGAAAAGUGGACCUUUUGCUGAUCCUGAUUCUAUUGGAAGUAUGUAUGUUACAGAUCCUAGGAAAUGGUGGGCAUGUUUUGGUUCUAAUGCACCUUUACUUCAAAGGUUGGCUUUUAAAGUGCUUGGACAACCUACUUCCUCCUCUUGUUGUGAAAGAAAUUAGAGUAUUUAUUCCUUCAUUCAUUCAUGCAGAAGGAAUAAAUUAACUCCAAAACGUGCAGAGGACUUGGUUUUUAUCCAUAAUAAUCUUCGUCUUCUGUCCAGAAACUCCUCCCAAUAUUAUGAUGAGAAGACAAAAUUGUGGGAUGUUGGUGGUGAUCAAUUUGGAAGUAUGGAAGAUGUGGGAGUUCUUGAAUUUGCCAACCUUUCAUUGGAUGAACCAGAGUUAGAGUCUGUUUUGUUUGAUGAAAAUGCAACUACAAGCAUGGAGAAGGAGAAUGAGAAAGACAGUGAAGUUGAGGAAAUGUUAUAAAUUUUAUUAUCUUUUCUUUUUUAACAUUUGAAUGUGUUGUAGUUGAUAUUUAUUUCUUAUAAGUAUGAAACUUCUAAAUAUGUAUUUUUAUAGUUGAAUUUAAAUGUUGAUUUGAACUUUA